AAACAACCUGAGAGUCCAACUAACUUUAUGUUUCUUCAGCUUCUGCAUUACAGCGUACAGGUGUGCUCUUUUCAGCCUACUAUGGUUACUGUCCGCUAUUUUAUGCUCCUCAGAGAGUCCUCAGAGAACGGCAGCCAGCUGGACACACUGACUCCUGUAGAUCUGCCUGGAUUCAGUCGCAUGGGGUUCACUGUAGUAGCAGUGUGUUUGGGAAUAAUCUUCGUUUUCGGUUUCCUAAAUAACUUUCUUGUUCUUUUGGUCUUCGCCCGCUUUCAUGUCCUGAGGACUCCGAUCAACUUAAUAUUACUAAACAUCAGUGUGAGCGACAUGCUCGUUUGUAUCUUUGGCACACCUUUAAGCUUCGCCGCGUCUGUGUACGGCCGGUGGCUGACGGGAGUUCAUGGCUGCAGGUGGUAUGGCUUUGCCAACGCACUGUUCGGUAUUGUUUCACUGGUAUCCCUUGCUGUACUGUCAUACGAGCGUUACAGCACCAUUCUCUGCUGUUCAAAAGCAGAUGUGUCUGACUAUAGGAAGGCCUGGCUCUUCAUCACAGGCUGCUGGCUGUACUCUCUCCUGUGGACAGUGCCGCCACUCUUCGGCUGGAGCAGCUACGGUCCUGAGGGUCUCGGCACCACCUGUUCAGUCCAGUGGAACCAGCACACCCCGGAAACAAGAUCUUACGUCAUUUGCCUCUUUGUCUUUUGUCUGCUGCUGCCUCUUCUUCUGAUGGUCUACUGCUACGGGAAGAUCCUCAUUGCCAUUCAUGGGGUUGCUAAGAUCAAUCAGACAGCUGCACAGAGGAGGGAAACGCACGUGCUGGUGAUGGUGGUUUCCAUGGUGUCCUGUUACCUGCUCUGUUGGAUGCCGUACGGGGUCGUGGCAUUGCUUGGCACAUUCAGCGCUGGUAUUGUGAGCCCUACAGCCAGCGUUGUAUCAUCCAUACUAGCAAAGAGCAGCACUGUUCUGAACCCCAUCAUCUACAUUCUGUUCAAUAAUCAGUUUUACAGGUGCUUUAUAGCUUUAGUAAGAUGUGGACCAGAACCUCCAGCCCAUCUCACCCUUCACACAGAAGAAGGUGGAGCUCAACAGGACGGCAUCCCUAUGGGGUCAUAUGGUGCUACUUCUCCACCUGACACCCCAGACAAGUUUGGGUCCCAGAGGGCUUCAGUACAAAGAGGUAAUAGGACUUUGGUGCUUGUGGUGCAUUGUACUUCAUAAAAGCCUGGGAUAUGAAAGUUCCAUCCAUGCAAAACCAUAUUUAGAAGGACAGGAAAUUGCAUUGUGUGUGUUAUUAAGAAAGAUAUUAGUACAUUAUUAUUUUGCGUCACAGUUUUGUGUUGUAUGUGCAAUGUAGAUAUUAUUAUUUAAUGUGUUUAAUUUUUUUGCAAAUGUUGCAUGUAAUUAUUGCCACCAGGUGUCAGUAUUUCUUCAAACGUGAAACAAUGAAACUUGGGCUUGGCAGCAUCUGAAGUUCAUGUGUGCACAGAAGUGAAAAAAUAAAUAAAAAAUAGAAGUAUUAGGAUGUUUCUGUCAUAUUAUAUCAGAAUCUUCUU